CUCCUCCACCCCUGCUCUGAAUGCGCACACGCCCAGUUAUUUAAUGAAAAAAACACUUGGAAAGACUUUGGGAUUCACGAAAGAGACACUUUAGGGCGUUGUGCAUACUCCUAAGCAGAUAAAGCACAGCACUAGCAACCUUCAGCUUACAGAAUCGACAACAUGGAGUCAGCUAUCAAGACUGUGGUUGGGCAGUUCCUGAGUUCAGCUCGUGGGAAAGAGAGUCUUAACAAGGACAAUUUCCAAAAGCUGGUCCAGCGCCAACUGGGGAACAUCAUGUCUGACACAGAUAGCUCAUCGGCAGUGAAGGAUAUGAUGCGAGGCCUGGAUGAGAACCAGGACGGGAAAGUCAGCUUCCAGGAGUACAUGACCCUGAUCGGCUACUUGGCUAAUUCACUGAGCGAAUGUAAAGCUAAAGGUCAGACCACCACCAACUAAGAUGCUCAACAGCUGGCCGACUUCACCAUUUUUGUACUCCAAAACUGCUAUAAUCCUGCCAACGCAAACCCACUGUGUGUACCAUCAAUUUAUUUUUUUAAGCUUUUUUUUUACACAGUUGCCUAAGUCAGUACUGACAUGCCAAUAUUGACAUUAAUUACUAACAAAUGGUCCUGUGGAGAUUAAAUAUUAUCCAGUGUUAAUUUACUACUACACAUUUUUUUCAGCCAUCACUCCCAGCCCUAUGAGAAAUGCAGCAUAGCUGCACUGAGCACUGAUGCCUCAUGACCUUAAAUAUUGUAUUGUUUUUGAGAUGUUGCAUGGAAAUAAAAAAGGUAUACAACA